AUGCCCUUGACUGCUGCCACCUUGUUCAUCACCUGGCUUUUCUGGUGGUUCAUCAUGCCUUCUAGCGCACGCAUACCCCCGGGGAAGCUGCUACAGCCUACAGAGUACGAAGCUCUGACAGGCUACUUUGCCCAGUCGGAGAAGACGACGGAUGAUAGAUCGUUCCGAGUGUAUCACAACGGCACUCGUUUCGGACUCAAGCUCGACAGCUGGGCGGCGCUGCACGCCAGGGUCACCGAGCUCAACGCAGCCGCUUCACCGGAUGAGUCGUACAAGCUCAUCUUUGCCGCCCGGCACGGCGAGGGCUAUCACAACGUCGCAGAGAUGCAUGUGGGCAAGAACGCAUGGGACUGCUAUUGGUCAAUGGAGAACGGCAACCAGUCCAUGACCUGGGGACCAGACGCCCUCCUCACACCUCGCGGCCUCCAGCAGGCAGCCGAGGCACAUCGCGCCUGGCAGAGGGAACUCAAAGCGGGCGCCCCCUUGCCCCAACUCUUCUACUCGUCCCCUCUCUCCAGAGCGGCGUCGACGCUCAAGAUCACUUGGACCGACAUCGUCAUCGGCCCGAAAGCUCCGACAGAGCAGACGCCCAUCUUCAAAGAGCAAUGGCGAGAGACCAUUGGUUUGCACACUUGCGAUCGUCGAAACACCAAACGGUGGAUUGAAGAACGAUAUGACUUUGACUUUGAAGAGGGUUUCAAAGAAAAGGACGAGCUCUGGACACGCUUCGAGCAAGAGACCAGCAGACAGCAGCAGAUCAGAAUCAAGGCCGCCCUCGACGCUCUCUUCGCCACCGAGUCCAGCCCUGUCGUCUCCAUCACCUGUCACUCAGGUGUCAUCACUGCUCUGCUCAAGGUCGUCAAGCAUCGUCCUUUCCCGAUGGCCCCGGGCGCGAUGAUCCCGCUACUCAUCAAGGCAACGCGCGCUACACCGACAGCACCGCUCGAUCCGGGGCCAUCAGACGUCGCUCCUCCCUGCGAGGUCCCUGCAGCAACGUCUGUUUCUGCGACGGUCAGCGUGACAGAGAUCUCGAUGUCAACCCUGAGGAUAUGA